GCAACGAACGAGAUAAUAAAAAGCCUUAAAAGCAACCAAUUCCAGUUCUAAUCAUUACUUGUCUCUCGUCAUCACUGUUGCCACAUUUUGAUUAAAAUGGCUCAAUAUCCUCUGUACCGCUGGGUCGAUUCUUCCAUCAAUGACGAAAAUGUCCCUGCCACAGCCUUUCAAAUCACUACCACUACCCAUGGUCAUCCUGUUUACGCAGGAAAGACGCCCUUUGAAGAUGUUGUGCUCCCUGUGAACGUUAUCCCAAAGGACAAAAAAGCCACUCUAGCUCUCAACGGGAAAGAACAUGCCGUUGAUAAAUAUAAACUUUUGUGUUUGAACCAAGUCAAAUGGGUACCAAGUCAAAACGGGAUAGUACUUCCAGGGGCGGUACAAGCUGGUCAUAAUAUGAAUGAUAUACCUUUGUAUAUUGGCAGAGUGUUCCACGAGGAGUCCUGGAUUGUGGGAGCGAUAAAUCCGAAGUAUGAAGUUUGCUAUUAUCCUUACCAGGGCAAAGAGUUAUCAGCGAAGAAAUACGAAGCGCUGGUCUGUGAGUUCUAUCAGGAGUAAUAUGUGGUUUUAUAAUCAAGGAAGAAGUUUCGUCUACGAAAAAUGAUCAUCUGUUCUGCAUUAUUAUGUGUUUUAAAUUUAUAAUAUAUCUAUUUUAAGACGAAACCAUAGGUAGUUUUAAUUUUUUAAACUAGAUAAAUUGCUUUUUCUACAAUUUGGUUAUAAAUACAAACUAAACUAAAUUUUA